CCUAUGUACUUCAGUCUUCCCCGCCGCUACGAUCUCGAUUCUCGAUUCUUUCUAAGUCCCGGCGCUCUUGCCCCACAGCCGUCGUCGUGGUCGUCGUGGUCGUCGUGGUCAGCGUCGGAAAGUCUAUCCCGCAUUACAUACCGUACACACAUACAUUUCCCCCCACCAUCACCCACCGAACCGUACUCUACGCGCUCGAAUGUGCGGGACUUUUAUUUUCCCCACGCUGUAUUGGGCCGCGAUUGGGUGGGCGGGUGCUCUUGAAAAACAAAACCCGUCGGAGAACGGCCGGGAUGGGUGGGAUGGGUGGGAUGGGUGGGAUGCACGCAUAAUAUAUGGCGGGGUACGGGUACGCUUGGAAUGGGAAAGGGAAAUGCGGUACGGUACCGGGGGAGGCGGGGGAGGGAGGGAGGAAGUCAUGGCAGAUCACUCGUGGAGACUCAGCGGUUCGUGGGCGGAGAUGGCGGAGUGGGCGGAGCGGACACCAGAUGCCCCCGCUGUGCGCGCUGUAACGCCCUACCUUCAAGUCCGAAAGUCCGCGUGGGUGAACACGGAAGUUGACGGAACAGGCAAUGUCCGCUCGCCGCCGCGGUCACUCGGGCGGCGAGCGACCCCUACUCCCCCGCCAGACCUAGUAGGAAGCACGCCAGAAACACGCCAGAAACACGCCAGAAAUCUUCAGCGCUCGGCCGCGCCGCCAUAUUCCGACUUUGCGCGAAGGCGGAUCUAUGUAGAUAGAGCGUUCGCGGUGCUCGGUGGCCCGUUCGUAUUCGUUUUGAGAUUUCGUGAGCGUGGGCGAGAGUGGCGGCUUGCUCGCUCGCCCGACAACGCGAUUGAAUCCGCCUUCAGUCGUAGCAUUCAUUCAUUCGGCAAGUAUCAUACGAGCAAGCGCAAGUAUGAAGACCAGGACCAGGACAAGGACAAGGACAAGGACAAGGACCAGGACCAGGACAAGGACCAGGACAACGACAAGGACCAGGACCAGAGUCAAUCGGCAGAGCACUCAGUGCGGAAGCGAAAUCUCGCCGAUCAUCGGUUUGCACUCGCUGUCGGGCCGGACUCCGGCCAAAGCCCGAGUAGAGCUCAGUCGACCUUAGCCAGAAGUUCUGGGCCCCUACGGACGGCAAAGGGACGGUACCACGAGACCACGAGACCACGAGACCACGAGACCACGAGACCACGAGACCACGAGAUCAUAUUGCCCAACCCAAGUUACCCAACCUCCUCAUCCUCAUCCUCUCCCACCGCCCAGAAAUCGCCCCCGCACAUCCCAGAAGAGCAGCAACCAAACCCCUCAACCCUACCGGUAUCAUACAAACACCAGAUUGAAGCCGAGCACGCACAACCCGAGCUUGAGUAUUGA